AUGGCGUCAUUUCCUCACGAAGUCCCCACAAUCACCGAAGAGAGGACCGGUUUCGACUUGAAUCUCCAGCAUGGCCACCAGGAUCUGGUUCAAGCUGUAGCCUUCAAUGCCUAUGGCGAUCGCUGUGCAACCGGCUCCGUCGACGGGAAGAUCAAAGUUUUCAACCGCCACAAGGAUGGUGUCUGGCAUCAUUGCGAUACUUGGGGGGCGCAUGGCAGCGAGAUUCUUGAGGUAGGCGACUCUGGUGCUGCGCACAAUCACUGCCCAUUCAAGACUGACACACCCUCCAUCCAGCUCCAAUGGCUUCCCCCAACCGUAUAUCCGAAUCUCAUCGCAUCUCUCGGGAUAGAAGGCCGCUUCAAGUUAUGGGCCGAAGAUCCAUCUGCUGCUCCAGGCCGUCGCUUCAGCGCCAGCAACCGUGCGACGACAAGCAAAGCCGCAUACGAAAUGCGCUCCUCGAAAUACCCCUACCGCUCGUUUUCCAUGAAGCACAACGAGGAGACGAGGCACACUUACCUUGCCCUUCUCGCCUCCGACGGUCGCCUGAUUGUGUACGAGAAUGAGCAACCUGAAAACAUGUCCGAAUACACCUCGAUAGACGAGUUUAGCGUAUGUCCCAAGCCGAAUCGCGGAGAAGAGGUUAGCUUCAAGGUUCGGUUCGAUUCGAAUCCAGACCCGUGUUACAGUGCAUUGCGGGCAGGGGUCGCAAACGACUCUUUGGGCCUCGUUGUGGCGGGUAUGUCUUCGGUCAAGGUGUAUCGCUCUAGGGACGUGAUCACAACCUCGUACGGCGUCGCUCAAUCACAACGCGAGUUCUAUCUUGCUGUUGACGUUGGUGUCCAUAGAGGCCUUGUGCGCGAUAUAGCAUGGGCGCCUGGGAAUAUCCGAGGAUACGACAUUAUUGCGACGGCUUGUCAAGACGGGUUUGUACGCAUAUUCCGCAUAGACACACCCUACUCGUCAGAUGAUGGCAAGACAUGGUCAACGGCGGAACUCACUAGGCAUGAAAAUCACCAAGCGCAGGCAUUCUCCAACGUAGGCCAGUCUACAGACAACAAGCAACCUCAGUCAGGUCUCAGUGCCAGUCUAGCUAAGUCUGGCUCGCACGUGGAGAGGCACUUCUCGGGCCAGCCAGGACAAGUGAAGCAUAUUUUCAAAGAAAUUGCCAAGCUGGAUAGCCAUCGUACGCCUGUAUGGCGCGUCGGCUUCGACGAUGAUGGCCAGAUCUUGGCCAGCACUGGCGACGACGGAAAGUUGGUGUGCUAUCGUCAGACUCCAAACGGCGCCUGGGCAAAAAGUUCUGAGCUGGCUAUGGUGAAAACGAGAAUGGCCCUGCCUUGA